GAGACGGGGAAGCUCGGACAGACGUGCAGCCCCCGGCCACUUCCACCUGUCUGACCGUCUCGCUCGUCGGCUCGCCUCUGCCAGUUGCUCUCGGUAGCUGCGGCGGCGGCGGCGAUGGAGGACGCCGAAAGCCAGCAGCCGAUGCUGCAGAAGGGUCCGCCCAGCCACCGGGAGCGGCACUUCACGGCGGGGGAGGUGGUGCGCGACGUCAUCAUGGGCGUCUCCGACGGCCUCACCGUGCCCUUCGCCCUCGCCGCGGGCCUCUCCGGCGCCAGCGCGCCGUCGUCGCUCGUCCUCACCGCCGGCCUCGCCGAGGUCGCCGCCGGGGCGAUCUCCAUGGGACUCGGAGGGUACUUGGCUGCCCAGAGUGAGGCAGAUCACUACAAGCGGGAGAUGAAGAGGGAGCAGGAGGAGAUCAUUGCCGUUCCAGACACUGAGGCAGCUGAGAUUGGAGAUAUCAUGGCAGAGUAUGGGCUUGAACCGCAUGAGUAUGGCCCUGUUGUGGAGGGCCUCCGAAGGAACCCGCAAGCUUGGCUCGAGUUCAUGAUGAGGUUUGAGCUCGGAUUGGAGAAGCCGGACCCUAGAAGAGCCUUGCAGAGUGCUUUCACGAUAGCACUAUCUUAUGUCAUUGGUGGAUUGGUCCCUCUCCUCCCCUACAUGUUCAUCUCCACGGUCCAGGAUGCCAUGUUCACAUCAGUUGGAGUCACACUGCUCGCACUCCUUUUCUUUGGCUACAUCAAGGGCCGCUUUACUGGGAAUCGUCCGUUCCUUAGCGCUAUCCAGACUACUAUUAUUGGCGCCGUUGCUUCUGCUGCAGCAUACGGGAUGGCGAAGGCUGUGCAAGCUAGAUAGUUUUGGGGGCUUUCAUGUUUUCGUAUCCAGACAUUUCACUGGUCUGUAAUGAACUGAGAAAAGAUUUGACUUUAAUCCUUUGAACAAUGCAUUACAUUGUCAUUUGCAGAUGAAGCUAGUCUAUUUUACCUUUCAUUAAGUCAUGAAUAAACAUAUUAGUUCUUAGUC